UAUAGAAGACACCGUUGAUGGCAGUCAACUUCUCGAAGGCGGCAUCGACCGGUCGAGAGAAUCCGCAGCCCUGCGAUCGGCGGUCUAAAGUGAAACGUGCGAAAGAAACGACGAGGGGUGAUUUGCAAUUACGACGGGAGGGGGGGGGCUCCGGGAAACAAGCGAUCGGGAUGUUCGACGUGUUGGUGCCGGGAAAACUCGUCUUAACCUUACGAUCGACACCACCCUUUCUGGCUGAGAGCGCCUUCGCUUUAGCCCUGACGAUCUUGUUAGCGGCGCCGUUGAUCGUGCGCGUUUACCUCCUCCUUGACAAGCCGCUGAGGACAACCCUCACGAAGACCAGCAGGCAUCGUCGCCGCUACGACCGUGCCAAUCGUUCGUUACUGAUACAUUAUCCGGCUCCAAUCAAAUUGGCCGACUCCACGUCGAGUUCCAGCCUGCAUCCGGAAUCCGCUCGCAGGAUCAAUUCCACGCCGACUCUGCGAGGCAACAGCGGUAUCUCGAAGAAUUCCAGUCGACGUGGGAUUCGUCGUGUCGAUCGGAAGAUCGGCGAGAGCGGAUCAAAAAUACGAAUAUGCCCAUCCUCGGAUCGUCCUUCGUCCCUCGUGGACUCGCAACAUCCGCUAAUCGACAUAUCGAACCUCGAUUACAAAGCCUACCGUUACAAAUUGAUCGAAGCAACCCUGAGGAAGCAGUACGACGAUUUCCAGCCGCCGGGCGACGUCGUCUUGAACUCGCUGCAUCUGAAUUCGGCCGACUCGGUGAUCGGCGUACGAUUGAACGACCGAUACGAUCAUAGUCUUUUCGACUUUGUGGAGGAGUACUACGACAUCGGUCGCGAUGCAACGAGUCGGAGGAACGCCGAACGUCUUCAUCCGCUGGAUCAUUUCUUGUCGAAAGGCACGAGAAGACCGCGGACCAGCGAGAAGGAAACGGCAACGAUUUCUGACGACGGUAUCGAUCGCGAAAACAGCAGAAAUCAUCUUUCGUCGGAAAACGUCGACGGCAAUUCUCAAAAACUACCCAGCGUCGUGGACGAUAAUGGGAAUCCCUGCGUUCGAUCGCCACUGAAUGACGUUCCUGCGAUCGCGACGAGCAAUCAGGAUUCAAGAUCGGAAGUGCCGAUUUUGAGAAGGUCGAUUCCGGCGCGAUCACGUAAAUGUGACGAUAAAGCGACACUCGGACAUGACGCGGAGGAUGAUUGUUCGCGAUUCGCCGGUCCUGGAAGGAGAAAGGAAUCGUCGACGAAGAGAAACAGCGAUCGACCAGCGAGCGCUGGAAAUACCUGCGAGAUCUUCACGUUAUCACGCGCCGCUACAUCGCUGGAAAGACGCUGGGAAGCUACGGGAUCACCUCCGAGACCGAGUCGUUCGCGCGAAUCCAAGAAAAAAUUGGAAGAUUACCCACUCGCCGCCCUCCCAUUGUCGGGUAAACGUCGCGCGGAAAGGGAGGCGGGCGGGAGGUUAAAUUUUAUUUCGGUGAGCUCCGCCAGCGAGAUUGCCAGCAUCCGCAGCGAAUCCAGCAAACGUCGGGAGGACGAAAUGUUGUCGUGUCGUUCGCGCGAGUCAUCGUUCAGUCCUAGGAACCGCGCGUCGUCGCGUCCCCCUUGGAUGACGGGGAACCGAAGGACCUCCUUCAACAGGAAAUACGGAGGAAAUAUUACGGAGGAGAUUUCCGCCGCGAGGGUUGCGAGACGACCGCAGCGCGGAAGUGGUCUGCCGGGGGAGAAAUUGACAGUUUCGUCUCGAGGGCAGUUUCGUUCGAGGGAAUCCUCGGCAAGGAAUGGCUCGACGAGCCGUAAUCCGGCGUUGUCCAGUCCAAAAGCGGCGAGUUUCGUUGCGUCGGCGGGAAAAGAAUUGAUCGGGAUGACGAGCGAACAACAGCGACAGCAACGCGGAGAGAAUUUCACGACGCGGCCGUGUGGGCAGCAGCGGAGUAAAUCAAAGGAUGUCGGAGGCGUCAUGGUGAAAGAUAAUGAAGAGGAACGAACUUUGAAGAUUACCGAUUCGCCCCCCGGGGAAAAAAUGUCCGCCGGCAGAACGGCGAUCUCGACAAUGGCUGACAAUGCCGCUUUGUCGUUUUUGUCGUCUGCAACACGGACGCCGGGUCGCCCGGGGAAGCGCUCGUCCACCCCGGCCGCUUUCUUCGCUAAUGCACCUGUAACUGAAAGCGAAACUUGGGGGACAAAGGAGCCAGAAUUAAUAACGAGCCGAUCCGGCACCGACGCUGCGAGAGAAAGGCCGGUAUCCGGGAAUAAUGCGCUAAGACUCGACCCCGAGUCGCCGUCCGCGGUGGAUAGACCGGUGGAGAACCGGUUGAAAUUAAAUCACGGUGGAGGUAGGCGACGGUUAAGAAGCGCGGAGAAUCCCUCGAAAGGCGUGUCGCUAAGCCCGCAGAUUGAAUUAUCCGCCGAAGUGUUAAACCCGGCCGACGAUACCGACGAUAAAUCCGCGAUCCCCGACAGCGGGAAAUUCGCGGGGCUUACGUCCCGGAUCGAUUCGCGGGAGAAUACGGGAACGGCGGCUCCGGGAAGCGACGAUAUUCCACGAGGUAGAAGCGCGAGGAUGGGAAACGGCGUAAAAUCUAACAGCGCCAACGACAUCGCGCGAUCGAGAAUGCCGAAAAUUAUGCGAAAUCCGCGAGCGAGAUCCGCGAACGUGAACGGCCUUUCCGAAAACCUCCACGGAUCCGCCGCCGUGGCGGCGCAUCCGGCACUGCGGGAUGCAAAUUCCGAGACGAAAAGCGGAUUAAACGGCAUGAAAUUGAAUACUCGAUCAAACGGCACGGUCGACGAAAUGAGAUACGAUGAAUCUCCGUCCGCGGAGGCGUCAUCCCUCGCGAAGGAUGAUAACGCGGGUCGUCGUCGCGGUGCCGAUGAGGAAUUGCAACUUCCGCGGCACGAUUCGAAAAUAGGACUCGCGAUGAAUUCCGCCCUGAAGAGAUACAUUAAGAUGCUGAAACAGGGCCUCCGGGAUCAGGGCGAUAAAGACGGCGUCGCUCUGGCGUCCCUGAGCCUCUCCGACGCCGUAUCCAUCCUGUCGGAGCAGAGAACGUCGCUGUCACCCGAGGAGAUACAGGAGUUGCAAACUGUGCUGGAUAGAAUCGAAAGAAAUCCCGAGCUGUUGUACAAACUGUCGUAUUCCAGUACGGAAAUCGUUGCGUGAAAAUACAUAUCUUGUUGAUGCAAACGUUAAUAUUUACAGCAUGUUUUAAUGUAAUUAGUCUUUGUUACAAAACGAUUCGCAGUUACGGCUCGUUGCACGCUAAGCCAGGCGUAACGAAUUUUCAAAUGUAAACUCAUUUAAAUCGAAACGGUGGGAGUUAAAACAAAGCGCUGCGCGAAAUAAUUGGCAAGCAGAUAAAAUCGCGAUCGACGUUUAUAUUUCUGCUGGCGUUAUUAUUAUCGCCAAAUUGCAUGCGUAAUAACAAACGUUAAAAUACGAUUCGAAAUAGCACGAUUUCGCGGCCGCGACUCCUUGCUAAAAAUCUGGCAAAAAUUGUAAACCGGCAAAGAAUUAAUGCAUUCGCGACAACUGAUUUAUGAUAUUUUUG